AUGGCGAAGUGUCGUAUUGCUCCAAUCAAUAAGUUAUCUACCCCUCAGAUGGAGUUAAACGCAGCUGUUCUGUCGAAAAGAGGAAGAAAGGUCAUCGAGAAAGAAAUGAGGUUCGACUUCGAGAGAAUUUUACAAAUCGUGGACUCAGAAACAGUCUUGAGUAUGAUCCACAAGACAAGCACACGUUUCAAAGUUUACGAGGGAGUACGAAUCGGAGAAAUCCAAGCAGCAACUGACGGAGAUCUGACUUGCUGGGCUUGGAUGUCAGGCCAACAUAAUACAACUGACUGGUUGACACGCGGCAGAGCACCAGAGGAGCUGAACAACGAUUCUCAUUGGUGGAAUGGACCGCCGAUUCUAUACCGACCGAUAGAAGAAUGGGGAUUAAAGUUAAACCCAAAGAAAGAACCACUUCCCGGUGAAAAGAAAGUCCAUGUUGCAGCAGCAUCGAGCAUAGAGGCAUUGUUGAUCGACUAUGAACGCUUCAGCAGUAUCAGCGAAGCUAUUUGGGUCGUCGCCAGAUUGCUAAACAUUGCGAAGAAGAAAAGUUUUAAAGGCGGAAAGACUCUGUCCAUCUCGGUUAAGCAAUUACAAGAAGCCGAGAACUUUAUUGUUAAAGAAGUUCAGAAAUCAUUUGAAAGUGAACUGACAAAAACUGACCGCAAAGGCAGAAAAGGUGGUCGUUUCGCUUGUUUGAAUCCAGUCCAAGAUGAAAGUGGACUCUGGGUAGUGGGACAGCGCCUGAAGAACAAAAAUCCCAUGACAGUGGAUUCUUCGCUGCAAAAGCUAUUGCCCUACCAACAUCAUGUUACCAGAUUAGUCAUAGAGGGCGUUGAUGCAACCUUAGCACGAUUCCGUCAACUCUACUGGGUAACCCAAGGAAGCAAACUCGCUCAAUCAAUCAAGAGUAAAUGUCAGAUAUGCAAGCUACGAGAAGCAAAGUUCCUCGAGCAGCAAAUAGGACAACUACCGGAAGCAAGAUUGAAACCAUCUCCAGCUUUCAAUCACGUUAUGAUAGACCUUUUCGGACCCUACUCGGUUCGUGGAGAAGUACAGAAAAGAACAAGUGGUAAAGCGUACUGA